AAUUAUACUGAGUUUUCAAAGAUGACUGGAGGUGGGGAAGCUGUCCAUAAGCGAAGCCCCAGGGAGUUAGCAUGCCAUGCUGGUGCUGGUGCCUCCGCAGGUGUUAUUUCAGCCACUUUUAUGUGCCCAUUGGAUGUGAUCAAGACAAGGUUACAAGUCCAUGCCUUGCCUCCCAAUUCAGGUCAAGGAGGUAGCAUCAUCAUCUCAAGUCUUCAACACAUUGUGAAAACUGAAGGUUUUAAGGGAUUGUAUCGUGGGCUCUCUCCAACAAUAAUGGCACUUCUUCCGAACUGGGCUGUGUGUUUCACAGUUUACGAGCAACUUAAAGGCAUCCUUUCAAAUGGGGAUGGGGAUAGCCAGCUCUCAGUUGGUGCAAACAUGGUAGCUGCUGCUGGUUCUGGGGCUGCCACAUCCAUUGUUACAAAUCCAUUGUGGGUUGUGAAAACCAGACUCCAGACGCAAGGAAUGAGGCCAGGUGUGGUUCCUUACAAAAGCGUACUUUCUGCUUUGAGGCGGAUUAAACAAGAGGAAGGCAUGCUAGGCUUGUACAGUGGGAUUUUGCCUUCUUUGGCUGGGAUAAGUCAUGUUGCAAUUCAAUUUCCAGCAUAUGAAAAGAUCAAGUGUUACAUGGCAAAGAAGGGUAAUACAACUGUUAAUAAUUUAAGCCCUGGGGAUGUUGCAAUUGCCUCUUCAGUAUCCAAAGUACUUGCCUCUGUACUGACUUAUCCACAUGAGGUGGUGCGAUCAAGACUUCAAGAGCAAGGGCAGCUCAGAAAUUCUGAGGCCCAUUAUGCCGGUGUUGUUGAUUGUAUUAAGAAAGUGUUCCAAAAGGAAGGUUUUCGUGGAUUUUACCGUGGCUGUGCGACUAACUUAAUGAGAACAACCCCGUCUGCUGUGAUUACAUUUACCAGUUAUGAGAUGAUACACAAGUUCUUCGAGCGGUUUCUGCUUCCUGACAAGAAGCAUUCACAUGCCCGGACUAAAUCCGAUGACCGUGCCAAACCUCAGCAGGAGAUUAAAGGAAAUGUUAAUUGUAACAACACCGUUUCGGGGCAAUCACAAACCCAACCAAAUAAGACUCCCUCUAUUCCUUUGGGAAACAAAGAGCAGCUCCCUGCUGCGCACUGAUUGGUGCUGUUUCUUUACAACAUCCCUGUUGGGGAAAUUCUCAACAGAAAAUGAAAUGGACAAGUUAAACGUGAAGGUAAUAAAAAAAUGCAAAAUUCUCUCUUCUAAAUUUUGAUUUAUUUUUUUGUAAGGUAAGGUAAGGCCUAAGUUGGUUGAUUCAGUCUUUUUUAUUUUUUUAUUUUUUCUUCCUGUUUUCCGUCCUCGGGCUGUUUAUACUGCGUUUAGUUUUCAAUUCCUGACUUCCGCUUUGGACGUUGGGGAUGAUCGAUGGAUUUAAUGAUGUGCAUGCGUGGACCAGGCAUUUUAGAUAUUUCCGUCCUCUCAACUUUACUUGGGGGAGCAAGAGGAUAUCAUGGUUAGAUUUGGA